GCUGCCGGGCUCUUCGCGGUUUGUGCUACUGAGUAGUGAUGGCUCGCACGAAGCAGACGGCGCGCAAGUCGACGGGCGGCAAGGCGCCGCGCAAGCAGCUGGCCACCAAGGCGGCCCGCAAGAGCGCGCCGGCCACGGGCGGCGUCAAGAAGCCGCACCGCUACCGGCCUGGCACGGUGGCGCUGCGCGAGAUCCGGCGCUACCAGAAGUCCACCGAGCUGCUCAUCCGCAAGCUGCCCUUCCAGCGCCUGGUGCGCGAGAUCGCGCAGGACUUCAAGACGGACCUGCGCUUCCAGAGCUCGGCCGUCAUGGCGCUGCAGGAGGCCUGCGAGGCCUACCUCGUCGGCCUCUUUGAGGACACCAACCUCUGCGCCAUCCACGCCAAGCGCGUCACCAUCAUGCCCAAAGACAUCCAGCUGGCGCGCCGCAUCCGCGGGGAGCGGGCCUAAGAACCCGGCCGUGGGCUCACCGGAAACCCAAAGGCUCUUUUCAGAGCCAACAAUUUUUCUUGUAAGGUGCUGUAAUGCCAGGUUAUACUGCCCAUGAUGUGCUAACCCUGGGAAUGCUUGUGGGGAUAAACCUCAGGAAGUUUCAUCUGCACCCACUCUGCCCAAUUUCGACAGGGCUAUGCAGUUCAAUGACAUUUCACUACGCACUGUUAAGUCAUUUAGCCUCAGCUAGUAGUACCAGUGUGCUGCUUUGUUUGCUUCAGGGUGCCUCACUGUAUUUAAAUGCCUGGAAUAUGGCCGAAAACUAAAGCUACGCCAGUAACCCGGGGUUGACAUGUAAAGGACAUCCCGUGAGGAAUUUCGUCUCCUUUGCUGGGUUUUAAUGCGCAGUGACUGAAAAAAAGGAACAAGAGCUACAGUGGCCUUGGGCCGAGUGCUCUUGGGGAAUGCAGGAAUCAGGCUUUUCCAACUUCCUCCGCUAACUUCACGUAUGACUACCCCAUUUUAUUAUUCAGACGAGAUCUGCCGGCUGUAUCCUAGAAGCACGGUUACUUCCUAGCCUUAAUUAGCACAUAUUCCCUAUUCUGAAAAUAACAGGUUUUAAGAUUUUUUUUUCCAGUCGGAAGGGAAUUAGGAAUUUCAUUCUGAAAGUAUACAGGCUAUCAUUUAAGAAUGUUGACGGAAUACUAAAGUGUGGGAAUAAUCUUGUGUCUAAACAUCCCAGAAACUCCCCAAAUGGGAAGGAGAUAUCUUUGCUAGGUUGUUAUCAACAUUGAAGUGUGCUGCUGCCCAUCAAAUAAUCACUAAGGAAAGAUCAGUGAGGUGAUGACACUCCAACAAAUAUGUAAAUAGAUACAUAGACCGAGAGCCACAGCAAGAAUUCCUAGUGAUUUUAUAGAAAUUUUUGUUUUUGGAAGCCUAGGAGACUACAACUUGAAAGCUCUGAAUUGGGGAGUCAGUUCAAAUGCCUAGCUGUCCAUAAUUGAAAUAACUGGAGUUGUUGAUAGCUGUAGCAUAGUGAUCCACUACUAGGUGCAGUAAAGGCAUUCCGUGUUUGUAGUUACUUUUUCUGCACUCUGAGAUCUGGCACAGUAAGUUUUAGCUUGUGUUUUUAUCAAAACGGCUGGACUUUGAGACAGGAAGAUAUAAUGAGCACAGAAAACAUAUUUUUUAUAUUGAUAUUAUCCACCAUAGCAUGUAGCUUACCUGAAAAAAACAAGACACUCAGAAAAUUGUUUAAUCCAAUUGACAUUUACAGUAAAAGAUGGAGGUGGGCAUUCAACCCAAUGAUUAGAACUCCCACUUACACUGAAAAUAUACAGUGGCUGGGAAAGGAAAACUUGCAUUUCCCAGGCGGGGCUUCUGCUCCAGUUGUGGCUCUUGACUGCAGUUUCUUGUUUAAUGCAGACACUAAGAGGCACAAAAUAAGUCAAUUAAGUGGCUUCCUGCCACCCAAGAGUGGAAUUACAUCCCCACCUCCCAGAUCAGACCCCAGCUCAGCCGUAGCUGUUGAGAGCAUUUGGGGAGAAAGCCAGUGGAUGGGACCACUCUCUCCAAUUAGGAAAUCAAACAAACAGAAGUUGCCAUUUAUUGUAUUUAUGUAUUGAUUAGAAUUCAUUAAGUUUUGAGUAUAAAAGUUACUGGCCGGUGCAGCGGCUCAAUAAGCUAAUCCUCCACCGCCGGCACACUGAGUUCUAGUCCCGGUCGGGGUGCUGGUUUCUGUCCC